AUGGCCUCCAAACAAACCAAAAAGAAAGAGGUGCAUCGUAUCAACUCGGCGCACGGAUCGGAUAAAUCUAAAGAGCAGUACUACUUUGGCAGUAAUGUGCAACCUAGUUCCGUGGAGCAGAAGAAGGGGAAAUUCCCAAUCUGGCCAGAAUGGAGCGAGGCGGACAUAAACGCAGAGAAGUGGGAUGCAGGCAAAGGUGGAAAAGAAAAGGACAAAACAGGAAAAAGCCCUCUAUUUCAUUUUUUUGAAGACCCUGAAGGAAAGAUUGAAUUACCACCAUCGUUGAAAAUUUAUUCCUGGAAACGUCCACAGGAUUUUUUAAUUAAUCGGGCUCCAGUAGUUGUGAAAAAUGAAAUCCUGUUUGACUUGUUUUCAGCAAAUGAACAUUUACUCUGCAGUGAGCUGAUGAGAUGGAUUAUCAGUGAAAUCUAUGCAGUGUGGAAGAUAUUCAAUGGAGCUACUUUGAACAAUUACUUUAAAGGGAAUGCAGGGGAACCUCCUCCUCUCAGCUGGAAGCCCUGGGAACACAUCUACUCUCUGUGCAAGGCUGUGAAAGGUCACAUGCCUUUAUUCAAUAACUAUGGAAAGUAUGUCGUGAAACUUUACUGGAUGGGUUGCUGGAGAAAGAUAACUAUUGAUGACUUUCUGCCUUUUGAUGAAGACAACAAUCUUUUGCUUCCAGCCACAACCUAUGAAUUUGAACUCUGGCCAAUGCUUCUGUGUAAAGCUAUCAUUAAACUGGCAAAUAUUGACAUUCAUAUAGCGGAGAGGAGAGACCUAGGGGAGUUCACUGUUUUCCAUGCACUUACGGGAUGGCUACCAGAAGUGAUCUCUCUCCACCCAGGAUAUAUGGACAAAGUAUGGGAGCUCUUGAAAGAAAUAUUGCCUGAAUUUAAGCUGUCGGUUGAGUCCAGUUCUGAAAGCAAAAUAGCUGUGUUAGAUGCCAAAUUAAAAGAACCAGGGAAAGAAGUGAAGGAUGGCAAGGAAGUAAAGGAUGGCAAAGAAUUCAAACCUGAUAGUUCAGUGACAGCACUAAAGAUACCUGAGAAAAGUGACAAGGCUCCAAAGGAAAAAGCAGAUGCAAAAGAUGUUGGGAAGAAGAGGAGUAAAAAUGGAGAAAAAGAAAAGGAAAAAGAAAAAUUCAAAUGGUCACUUCAUGCUUCAAGACCAUCAUCAGAUGUACAGUAUUCUCUGCAGUCUCUGUCAGAUUGUAAGCUUUCAGCUAAUUCUGCAGAGAAGCUGAGAGAAUACGGUCUUUCCCACAUCUGUAGCCAUCCUGUGCUGGUAACUAGGACUAGGUCUUGCCCCCUCAUAGCACCUCCGAAAUCACCUCCCGUACCUCCCUGGAAACUCUUUCGUCAAAAAAAGGAAACUGUUAUAACAGAUGAAGCUCAAGAAUUAAUAAUAAAGAAGGCCGAACAAUUUCUUGAAAUUUCAAGUCCAUUUUUGAAUUAUAGGAUGACUCCAUUUACAAUUCCAACAGAAACUCAUUUUGUACAAUCUUUUAUUAAGAAAGGGAUGCCUCCAGGAUUUGAUUUAUCCUCCAUUACUGAAAAUGAUGAAACCACCACCAUUAGCCAGCCAGACUUAAGCCAAUUGACAGGAGCAGUAUCUCAGGGUAAUAUUAUUUCACAAGUUAUACUUGGAAAAGGUACAGAUGAACUGACAGACCUUGGGCUGAAUGACGCAGCCCAUCAAGGUGAAGGAUUUAGUUUGGAAAGAGAUUUGGUCAGCCAGACAACAGCCACACAGGAUAAAUCACAGGAGGAGUUUGGAACAAUAAAUAAUAGUGUUUCUAAAGAAAUAUGGUUGGAUUUUGAAGACUUCUGUGUAUGUUUUCAGAACAUAUAUAUUUUUCACAAGCCAAAUUCAUAUUGCCUUAACUUUCAAAAAACAGAAUUCAAGUUCUCAGAUGAACGUGUGUCCUACUAUCUAUUUGUGGAUAGUCUAAAACCUAUUGAACUACUGGUUUGCUUUUCUGCAUUGGUACGAUGGGGAGAAUCUGGAGCUUUAACAAAAGACAGCCCCCACAUAGAGCCUGGACUGCUUACAGCUGAAUCAGUUUCUUGGAAAUCUCUGAAGCCCCGGGAACUUGUUACGAAGAUUCAUACGUAUGCUACUAAGGCUACAAUGGUUCGCCUGCCUGUUGGGAGACAUAUGCUGCUCUUCACUGCAUACUCCCCAGUAGGGCAUUCCAUACACAUCUGCAGCAUGGUGACUUUUGUCGUUGGAGAUGAAGAUGUUGUGCUACCCCACUUUGAGCCGGAGAGCUACCGAUUUACAGAGCAGUCUCUAAUGAUUUUGAAAGCUGUUGGAAAUGUGAUUGUUAGUUUCAAAGAUAAGGGUAAACUCUCCGUGGCUCUGAAGGAUUUACAAGCAGCUCACUACCCUAUACCCCUCCACAAUAAAGAACUAACUUCACAGCACUUCAGGGUUUUUCAUAUUUCUUUAUGGCGUUUAAUGAAAAAAAUUCAACCAACAAAACUUCCUCCCAACUUUAAAUUUGCAUUUCGUGCUAUGGUUUUGGAUUUGGAGUUACUCGAUUUCUCCUUAGAAGAGGUUUCUUUAGCGGAAUGGGUCGACAUUAAAUACUGCCUACCAGUAAGUGAUAAAGAAUAUUCUCCUGAGGAAGUAGAAGCAGCAAUUAAAAUUCAAGCCAUGUGGAGAGGGACUUAUGUCAGAUUGCUUAUGAGAGCUAGAACACCAGACACAAAGGAAAAUAACAGUGUUGCAGAUAUUCUUCAAAAAGUUUGGAGUAUAUUGGAACUGAAUAUAGAACAGUAUGCAGUUUCUCUCUUAAGACUAAUGUUUAAAAGCAAGUGCAAGUCUAUUGAAUCUUACCCAUGCUAUCAAGAUGAAGAAACUAAGAUUGUUUUUGCUGACUAUACUGUGACUUAUGCAGACCAGCCACCAAAUAGUUGGUUUAUAGCAUUCAGAGAAACAUUUUUGGUUCCUCAAGAUAUGAUCUUGGUUCCCAAAGUAUAUACUACACUCCCGGUCUGCAUGCUCCACAUUGUUAAUAAUGACACAAUGGAACAAGUGCCAAAAGUGUUCCAAAAAGUGGUGCCUUAUCUUUAUACCAAGAAUAAGAAAGGCUACACAUUCGUGGCUGAAGCAUUUACUGGAGACACAUAUGUAUCGUCCUCACGAUGGAAACUGCGCCUCAUUGGUUCCUACCAUCCACUCCCAUGCCUAUCUCGAGAGUCUCCAUGCAAUACCUUCACCGUAAAGGAAAUCAGAGAUUACUACAUACCCAAUGAUAAGAAAAUUUUAUUCAGGUAUUCCAUUAAAGUUGCUUUACCGCAUCCUGUUACUGUACAGGUACGCACGUCCAAACCAGAUGCAUUCAUCAAGCUACAGAUCUUAGAAAAUGAAGAAAUUAUCGUCAGUUCCACUGGGAAAGGGCAAGCUAUAAUCCCAGCAAUUAACUUCUUGGGGAGUGAAAAAGUUCUGAGCUCCCAGUCUAGCAAACAAAUUCUUUUAAUGCAUGCUUCAUCCAAGAAAGAGCAAGAAUUGUACAUCAAGAAGAAAUCUGCACAGGGAAGUCAGAAAUCCUAUAAGGGUAGACCUGCAAGUGCAGUCGUAGACACUGGGCAGCCCAUUAUGGAGGAGGAAACUGCCAGUAUGCCCACCAUAGAAGAAAAUGCUAGCACUCCACAGCAGGUCAACAAGUAUAUUAUACAGUGUUUGGUAUUGUGUAACAGUUGGCCUCUCACUGAAAGUCAGCAGACAUUUGUUCAAGCACUAAAAGAAUUGGAGAAAAAUGAUAGUAAAGGCUUGACGGAGGACUCUUUAGAUGAAGCCCGACAGAAGAUCUUUGAUAUCAGGGAAGAGUAUAGAAACAAGUUGCUGGAAGCUGAGCGCCUAAGAUUAGAAGCUCUGGCUACGGAGGAAGAAACAAGUCCGGUGGAGCCAGAGAAGAAGACGCUGGCUCCAGACACACAGAAAAAAAAGAAAGGGAAGAAAAAGUAACUAGCAGUGCCCAAUACUCACCGCCUUCUUCUGGAGAGGAAACCCCUUAUUUUUUCUUUCUUUUUUUUUCUUUUCUUCUCCUUCCUUCCUUCCUUCGUUCCUUCUUCUUUCCUUCCUUUUUUUUUGUGUGAUCUAUAACCUUCCCUACUGAUAAGGUACUAGGUUUUCCUUCUUAGAAUGAGUUCCUGUGUUAUAAUGUUCAUUUGUUGGUUUCUCUCAGAAAACUAUCA